UGAUAAGUUGCUUCAGUCAAGUCAGGCGCGAAGAGAAGCUAUGAAAUCAUACAAACCGCCGGCAUUUCGAAGAUGUACACACUGCUGCAUGGCUUUUACAAGUAUCUCACACAGAAAGACGAAUACUGCGUCGUCAUUCUAGGCCUGGACAAUGCAGGAAAAACGACCUAUUUGGAGGCGGCCAAAACAAAAUUUACGAAGAAUUAUAAAGGCCUAAAUCCAGCUAAAAUCACAACCACAGUAGGCCUCAACAUUGGCACCAUCGAUGUGCAAGGAGUUCGCCUAAAUUUCUGGGAUUUAGGUGGCCAGCAGGAACUGCAGUCACUGUGGGACAAAUACUAUCAGGAAUCGCAUGGCGUUAUUUAUGUGAUAGAAUCCAAUAAUCGCGAACGUAUGGACGAGUCAAAAGUCGUUUUUGACAAAAUGAUUAAGAACGAAUUGCUCUCCGGCGUGCCAUUGUUAAUACUGGCCAACAAGCAGGAUCUGCCUGAUGUAAUGGGUGUACGCGAAAUAAAGCCAGUAUUCCAACAGGCUGGUGCGCUAAUUGGACGACGCGAUUGUCUUACGAUACCAGUCUCUGCGCUCACUGGUGAAGGCGUGGACGAGGGAAUCAAAUGGCUAGUGGAGGCAAUCAAGCGACAUGCUUUAGUGCGUCCUCCACGUGAAAACGAUUGAGAUAGCAGCAUGAUACGAAACCCAAAUCCAACGAACGAAACAAAGAAAUUCCACAACAGAACAGAAAACAGUGACAACGUUGUACAAUAGCAUCUUGGCUUUAGAUAGAGCAUAGCCUUAAGAAUGUAUAAAAUACAAAUAACAAUAAUUUUUAUCCAAGGAUAUUCAAAACAAAAACUGGAUAUACAUAUAUGUGUAUAUAUACGUGUAUAUAUACCGCGCGCAACGGCUUUCACCUGUCAUUGACUUAUCAGCAGCACUGUC